GAGGAGGCGCUGAAGAAGCGAGCGGCAGGUUUUCAACCGAUAGUGAAUCGACGCCCAAGGAAGCUAACGCUGCUGGAUCACCGGCGCCGUGCUGCUGAAGGCUGCAGCUGCUUCUUGUUAUUCUGACCCGACGAGUAACGGGUCCACAGAAGAGGAAGGCCCCGCUCCUGUCGGUCCACCAUGGCAGACGUCAAGAACUUCCUGUACGCCUGGUGUGGGAAGAAGAAGCUGACUCCGAACUAUGACAUCCGAGCAGCGGGUAACAAAAACAGGCAGAAGUUCAUGUGUGAGGUCCGAGUCGAUGGCUUUAACUACAUUGGGAUGGGAAACUCCACCAACAAAAAGGAUGCUCAGACCAAUGCUGCCCGGGAUUUUGUCAACUAUCUGGUCCGAAUCGGGGAGAUGAAUGCAGCAGAGGUCCCGGCUCUUGGGGUGAGCGUUCCUGACGCAGAUCAACCUGAUUCAGGAGGAGGAGGCGACAGCUUUGGAAACCUCCCUUCUAGCGGCCCUUUACCGCCUCACCUUGUAGUGAAAGCUGAGCAAGAGGGCGGCAGCACGAGUGGACCGGUUCCAGGAGUGACCGGACUGGGUUAUGCAGGAGGAGGAAGCUCAGGUUGGGGAAGAGGAGGAGGUGACGGAGGAGCUCAGUGGGACAGAGGGGCCAACCUGAAGGAGUAUUAUGCCAAGAGAGAUGAACAGGAAGCACAGGCGACUCUGGAGUCAGAGGAGGUGGAUCUGAAUGCUAACCUUCACGGUAACUGGACCCUGGAGAACGCCAAGGCUCGUCUGAACCAGUUCUUCCAGAAGGAGAAAACCAGUGCUGAGUAUAAAUACAGCCAAGUGGGACCGGACCACAACAGGAGCUUCAUAGCAGAGAUGCAGCUUUUUGUGAAGCAGCUCGGCAGAAGGAUCACGGCUCGAGAGCACGGCUCCAACAAGAAGCUGGCGGCUCAGUCGUGCGCUCUGUCUCUGGUCCGACAGCUGUAUCACCUGGGAGUUAUCGAGGCGUACUCCGGGGUCACCAAGAAGAAGGAAGGAGAAACUUUGGAGGCGUUUGAGGUCAACGUGUCUUCAGACCUUCGGCAGCAGUUGGCCACUGUGGUCCAGGAGCUUGGAGUCAACGUCCCCCCACCGCCUUCGGACCCCAGCAGCCCAGUGUCUCUGGCUCAGGGGAAGCUAGCACAGUUCGAGCCGUCGCAGCGUCAGACCGGAGCCGGAGUCGUUCCCUGGUCGCCGCCUCAGGUCAACUGGAACCCCUGGACCAGCAGCAACAUUGAUGAGGGGCCACUGGCCUACUGCACUCCGGAGCAGAUCAGUGGUGACUUGCACAGCGAGCUGACUUACCAGCUGGAGCAUGACGAAAACCUGCAGAAGAUCCUGAUGGACCGCGAGCAGUUGCCUGUCAAACAGUUUGAGGAUGAGAUCAUGGCGGCCAUCGAGAGAAACCCUGUGGUGAUCAUCCGAGGAGCGACGGGCUGCGGUAAAACCACUCAAGUUCCUCAGUACAUCCUGGAUCGCUUCAUCAAGGGGGGCCGCGCAUCCGACUGCAACAUCGUGGUUACCCAGCCCAGGCGCAUCAGCGCUGUGUCUGUGGCUGAGAGAGUCGCCUUCGAGAGAGCAGAGGAUCUUGGGAAAAGCUGCGGCUACAGCGUCCGAUUUGAGUCUGUCCUCCCUCGACCCCAUGCCAGCGUCCUCUUCUGCACUGUCGGUGUUCUGCUGCGGAAGCUCGAAGCAGGAAUCCGUGGUAUCAGCCACGUCAUCGUUGAUGAGAUCCACGAGCGAGACAUCAACACGGACUUCCUCAUGGUGGUCCUCAGAGACGUGGUCCAGGCCUACCCCCACGUCCGCGUCAUUCUCAUGUCGGCCACCAUUGACACCACCAUGUUCAGAGAGUACUUCUUCAACUGCCCUGUCAUCGAGGUGUUCGGACGCACCUUCCCCGUCCAAGAGUAUUUCCUGGAGGACUGCAUCCAGAUGACCAAGUUUGUCCCUCCACCAAUGGACCGGAAGAAGAAGGACAAAGAUGAGGAGGGAGGAGACGACGACACUAACUGUAAUGUGAUCUGUGGGCCGGAGUACACGCCGGAGACGAAGCAUUCGAUGGCUCAGAUCAACGAGAAGGAAACAUCCUUCGAGCUGGUGGAGGCGCUCCUGAAGUACAUCGAGACGCUGCAGGUGGCCGGUGCCGUGCUCGUCUUCCUGCCCGGCUGGAACCUCAUUUACUCCAUGCAGAAACACCUGGAGUGCAACCCACACUUUGGAAGCGGCCGGUACCGAAUCCUGCCGCUUCACUCUCAGAUACCUCGGGAGGAGCAGAGGAGGGUGUUUGAUCCAGUUCCUGAUGACAUCAGAAAGGUGAUUCUCUCCACCAACAUCGCAGAGACGAGCAUCACCAUCAAUGACGUCGUCUACGUCAUCGACUCCUGCAAGCAGAAAGUGAAGCUCUUCACCUCCCACAACAAUAUGACCAACUAUGCCACCGUCUGGGCCUCCAAGACCAACCUAGAGCAGAGGAAAGGUCGAGCCGGCAGAGUCCGGCCGGGGUUCUGCUUCCACCUCUGCAGCCGUGCUCGUUUCGAGAGGUUGGAGACUCACAUGACUCCAGAGAUUUUCAGGACUCCACUGCAUGAAGUUGCCCUGAGCAUCAAACUGCUGAGACUCGGAGGCAUCGGGCACUUCCUGUCCAAGGCCAUCGAGCCGCCGCCGCUGGAUGCCGUCAUCGAGGCUGAACACACUCUGAAAGAGCUGGACGCUCUGGACUGCAACGAUGAGCUGACUCCUCUGGGGCGGAUUCUGGCUCGACUGCCCAUCGAGCCUCGGCUGGGGAAGAUGAUGAUCAUGGGCUGCAUCUUCCACGUCGGCGAUGCGAUGUGCACCAUCUCGGCGGCCUCGUGUUUCCCGGAGCCGUUCAUCAGUGAGGGAAAACGUCUCGGGUUCGUGCACAGAAACUUUGCUGGCAGUCGCUUCUCGGAUCACGUGGCGCUGCUGUCUGUGUUCCAGGCCUGGGACGAUGUCAGGAUUAACGGGGAGGAGGCGGAGAGUCGCUUCUGUGAGCACAAACGUCUCAACAUGUCGACUCUGAGGAUGACCUGGGAGGCCAAAGUUCAGCUGAAGGAGAUCCUGGUGAACUCUGGGUUCCCCGAAGAGUGUCUCAUGACGCAGAUGUUCAACACGGUGGGACCGGACAACAACCUGGACGUGGUGGUUUCUCUGCUCACCUUCGGCUCGUACCCCAACGUCUGCUACCACAAAGAGAAGAGGAAGAUCCUGACCACCGAAGGCCGCAACGCCCUCAUCCACAAGUCCUCCGUCAACUGUCCCUUCAGCAGUCACGACAUGAUCUACCCAUCGCCGUUCUUCGUCUUCAGUGAGAAGAUCCGAACCAGAGCAAUCUCGGCCAAAGGGAUGACUCUGGUCAGUCCUCUGCAGCUGUUGCUGUUUGCCUGCAAGAAGAUCACCUCCAACGGGGAGAUCGUGGAGCUUGACGAUUGGAUCAAACUGAAGGUUCCUCACGAGGUGGCGGGGGGCAUCCUGGCUCUGCGGGCCGCUCUGGAGGCCGUGGUGGUGGAGGUGACCAAAGACCCGGAGUACAUCAGACAGAUGGACCAAACCAAUGAGCGGCUCCUCAACAUCAUCAGACACGUCUCCAAACCGUCAGCGGCCGGGCUCAACAUGAUGGCCAACAACCAGAGGAUGGGUGACGGUCCACGACCUCCAAAGAUGCCUCGUUUUGAUGGAGGAGGAGGAGGAAGCAGCUACAGGGGAGGAUACGGAGGAGGGGGAUACAGUGGAGGAUAUGGAGGAGGGGGGGGGGGUUAUAGAGGAGGAUAUGGAGGAGGAGGGGGAUACAGAGGAGGUGGAUCAGGAUACAGGGGUGGUGGAGGAGGUGGUUACAGGGGUGGUGGAGGAGGUGGUUACAGGGGAGGUGGAGGAUACGGAGGAGGCGGUUAUAGAGGGGGAGGUGGUUACGGGGGAGGUGGAGGAUACAGAGGAGGAUAUUAGAAAUGAUAAAAAGGAGGAAACUUGUGCGUUUGUCUAUUUCUUCUUUAGUUAUUGUUGUAGAAAAUGUAAUCAGAGCCGUGAUGAUGAGCAGGUGGAAGAUUAAUGUGACCCUCUGCAGCUGAAACACUGAUCAGGAAUCUGCUGACGUUUGUUUUAUUGAUGACUGAUAACCAAUAAACCUUUGAUAUUC